AUACGGGAGGAUAACAUAGUUACUUUCCCGACUGUUGCUACAUCUUGCAUACUAUCCAGCUCUACAAACCCCUACGAGGCACCCGUUACAAUAACCAGUAUCACAGUCAAGAUGAAACUUUUCUCCCUUGCUUCUACCAUUGCAUUAUUCAGCCUUUUGAAGCAAGUUGAUUCUGCUACAAUAUAUCCCUGUCCUGGGCAUACCUUUCCUGCCAGCUAUGUACAUGAAGUAGCAAAAUAUGCCUGGAAUAUUGAACCUCAAAGUCGAGGCAAUUUUCCGUGCAGUAUCUUACUCAACCCUCUAGCUGGUGAUCAGGGAGCUGCCAUACAAUAUCCGCUUCUCUCUUCACACCAAAUUUGGCAAGGUGGACUCUACCAAUUUGUGGUUAAUUCAAAUCGAGAAAGGACUGUAAUAGAAGUAUUUGAAUUUGUGGGCGAAAGUAUGGUGCUUUGCAGGGGCGUUAACAUUUGA